CGACGCAUGCCGAACGUCUCGCCAACGUGAGCGCGCGCUCUCGUCGCUCCUCAAGUGGCUUUUCUCGUCGCGGGAGGCGGAGAAAAAAGAGGAGGGGAAAAAAGAGAAGGAAAAGGAGAAGAAGGAGCGAGAAUAAAACGAUUAGAGCAGAAAAAUUACACCGCACCUCACCUAUCACGCUCACCGGACACGCACUCUUCAUUAAUGUGGACCUAUUUACUGCAGUCACGAUCCAUCAUGGAGAGCCUGAGAGUCGUGGGCUUCAGCAUGCUGCUGUGUGUGGCUUUCUCUGAGACUCAGAAUGUGAAAGACCAGCUGGUGUUCCUGGGCGAGGAUUAUCACAUCUUGUUGCCAGCAGGCGGCGCUAUAGUGACCUUCAAGCCCAGGAUCGGUCCAGAAGGCCGGGAGAUGGAGAUGAUCAAGGACGGGGAAAUUGUAAACCAGCGUGUCACACUGAACGAUGCUCAGAGUCACCUGUUUCUGGCGAACGUCGGAGAAAGCGACGAGGGAGUGUACAUCAUCAAAUCUGAGCGAAACCCUGAGGACAUCAAGUGGCUCAAUCUCAUCGUCAGAGAUUGCACAAUGGAAUCGAGUGUGAUAUACGGAGGCGAGUUCCACGUUUCGUUGGUCGAUGUCACUACCCCGGUAAGCGUGGACUUCCGUCACAUCACCGUGGAGGCCAAUCAGACCUCUUUUCCUGCGACAGAGCUGCUGAACCUUGAUGGAAGUUUGAAGGAGAGUCAUGAGGGCCGCCUCAUCAGUAACGAGCAGCGGCUUGUCCUGAAAGCCGUAACCGGGGCUGAUGAAGGCAGCUACACCAUCUCUGACUCCACUGGCAAAGUGAGCAAGAAGAUCUGCCUUAAUGUGAAAGAGCAGGAAAACUUUAUCACAGUGCCAUAUGGGGGCAAGUUUAAGCUGAAUCUGCACAUGAACAGCUCUUCUGCCCGUCUGAUCUACUCAUCCGACUCCAGUGGCUCUAACAACGUCAGCUGGGUGAUUAUGGACAAGGGUGAGCUGAUCCUUCCUCCUGAGCGCAACAUGGAGGGCCGGUUCUUUAUGGAGGACUCGGUGUGUAUCCUGGAGCAGGUGACGCCCAGUGACUCAGGACUGUAUCAAGUCACUGAUCUACAGGGCUUCUCCGUGUCCAAAAUCCACUUGGGGGUGGGACCAUAUAUGCUGCCUAAAGUAUUUGUGGCAGUGAUUUCACUUGUAGCUUUGCUGGUGGUGCUGCUGUUGGUGUGUUUGGUGUCAUGUUUGGUGAAGGUGCGCAGAAGGGCAGCAAAAGCCCGGGCCAUCGAGAAGAUUGCAAAAAAUGCAGGCAAAGAAGAAGGAGCUGCAUUUAGACAGGUAGUGAAGGAAGCUUGCUCCCGUCAGAAUGACGAGGCUCCUGCUCUCUCACAAAAGGAAGAUAUUACAGAGAAAUCCCAGAGCACUGAAAUCAGCAUUAAGGGUCUGGAAGUUUCUGCUAAGGAUACUAGUAUCCACGAUAAGAACCUGGAGACCAGCGACUCAGGAGUAGGCUUCACCACCGCUGGCCUCCCACUGGACAGUGAUACUGAGGCGCCAACAAUACCCAUUACAGAAUCCGAAUUUCUGAGCUCCUCUGUUGCUAGUGAUGCCAAACCUACUGCCAAGCAAGAGUCCAAACUCACUGUGUCUUCACCUCCCCAGCCAGCAACCACCCCUGAUGCUAAGCCAGCACCGUCUCCUGACCCCAAACUCUCUGUUACACCAACAAAAGAAACAAAAAUGGCCAUCUCACCCACUCCUGAGUCCAAACCAAGUUUGAGUCCAUCUCUAGACCCUAAGUCCGCAGUGACACCUGAGUUGAAAACUUCCACUCCUGAAGUCAAACUAACCCCAAGUCCUGGAUCAUCAAAGGUAGUAACACCAACUCCUGACUCCGAACCAGCCGCAGCUAAAACGGCAGUGUCUCCAGCUUCUGAUCUUAAGCCAACCAAACCUGACUCCACACCAUCUGCCUUGAGUCCAUCAGCAGCACCUACGUUUGAAGCCCCUGAUAAAAAGCUUGGCCCCUCUCCAUCACCAGAACCCAAACUGGCUGUCUCACCAACCCCUGAUGCAAAACCCACCACCAAUGGUACCCUUGAGCCCACCCCGGAUAUAGGAUCUUCUGACGCAAGUGAAAUCCCUGCAAAAACCCCAGAGACUGAGAAAAGCUCUGUCAAAGCUCCUGAGUUAAUCUCGACCGAGGAUCCAGCUCCAGAGGCCAGCAAGCAAGACUCCAGCAGCGACGGUGCUCCUGCAUCAGUUGUAGCGGAAACAUCUUCCACCUGAGGUCCAAACCACUGCCUGAUUACUGCUCCCUCUUCACGUCUUUUAACACCGCUGACAAUCGAGAUCUAACAACAAGCAAAGACUCUACAACUUAUUAUGAAGAAGGGCAACUUUAGUCUACUAAACCUCACACAACUUACGCAUAACUAACGUCCACUGUAUAUUUAACCUGAAUGAAUUCCUAGUUAAUCACUUUGUAAAACCGUUCCAUAGACACAGAGACGUACCACUACAGGAACCACUACAGGUAUUCCAUAGACUGUUUAUUUAAUGCAGGCCAAGAAAGGCUGCCCCUUACAUGCAAACAAGCUGUACAGAUGCAACAUCCUCAUGAUACCUAAAUAUGAUUCCACUGCAUGCAAAAAAAUAAUAAUAAUCAAGAGAAUGAAUUAACUUCAAUUAAUCUUUGAUGUAUCUGGAGAUCGUGGUAGUGAACUGGGUGACUGUGACCAUAGAACCCAAAAGAACACUCUUCUGUUUCUUCUUCUUCAUCAUCUUCUUCAUACCCCAGAGACAUUGCGCUCCAUACGUUUCUGUUCAAGCAUUAACAAAUAACAUCCACAUCGGUAGGAAUAUCAACAUCAGUGCAAAUUAGAAAAAUAAUCAUUGAAGGUUGAAAGGUAUACUGAUCUAAACAUGUUUACAUGUAUUCCUUAAACAUGUUUGAGAAAAGUUUACUGGGACUUUGGACUUGACACAGAACAACUAAUACUUAACAAAACCCACGACGUUAACCUGGAACAUUCUGAUGGACCUAUUGUUGGAGUCAUUCUACUGAAACCUACAGUAAACAAAAAAAAAAAUCCAGGCUACAUUACAAACUCUAGACACCAUUUCACUGGAUCUUCUCUCUCAACGUCUAGACACAAAGCAGAGCUUAUCACGGGACUGACUUUAAAAAGGUAAUCAAAAAAAAAAAAAAAAAAAAAAACCUCUAACAUCAUAACAUUCCCUCCCUCCUGGAGUUAUUUCUAGUGUUAGAUAAUUUCAAUAAUAUAGGCAAAAAAUAUAUUUAGAUUUAGAUCUAUCUGGCAUGAGUCUGUUACAGUAUGUGUUUAUGGCUGCCUAUUCUUACUAGUUUUGAAUUGUGUAAUGUUUUAUGAAGAACUGCAAGAAUGCUCUUGAUUGGGUCCCAAAUACUUGUAGAUUUCGAGGAAGGGCAGUUACAACAGGGAUUAGGUACUGAGCGUAAUCUUGGACGUAAAUUGGUGCUUUUAAUCCAGGAAUUUUAGGAACAAUUGAUUGGUUGAUUGAUUCAUUGAUUGAUUGAUUUCCAAAAAGUUUACCAUCAGCUGUCAAAAUCCGUUUACAGAUUUUCGGGUGCCUCUUGUGGAAUAUGAACACCACUGCCCUUUUGCUAUUGCACCAGUAGUGUAGGAAAGGAAGCAGUUCACCGGGUAUGAUUUGUUUCAAAUUUUGGAAAUACGGUGUUGAGUGUAGCUCGUUUACAUGGUGUAACUACAGAAGGUCAGAUUUUAGUACCGGGCAGAUUUCUUUUAAACGCAGAGGAUUUUGCCAAUGCCUCUACCUCGUAUCACACAUAGAGACACUAAGAAGGCUCACUUUACCUUAGUAAAAAGGUCUGAUCUGAGUUUCCGAUUAAAGCACAACACUUGAUCUCGAUCUGAGGCUUUACUACAAUAUUGAAACCGCGAAAUCUUCCCUCUAUUGACCUUUGAGAAUGGCCUUGUUCUUUAUACGUAUGCCUUUUACACUCGUAUGAGUAUUAUGAAUCGAGAUUUUAAAGCCAUGAGGUCUUGUAGUCUUAUAUGACACAGCACAUAACAGGAGCAUGUACAUGUAUGUAAGUUACUUGCAUUACCCACUCUGGAUAAUUAGGCACCUUGAGCUUAUAAGUUUCUAUCUGACUACCUUUUAUAAAUCUAUGAAUAUAUGGUACGAGAAAUCUUGCUUCAGUAUCUUUAAAAAAAAUAAAACUCUAAAGAAUCAGAUAGAAUUUUAUAACUCUAAAGUCUCAAUUCUUAAAUGGCUUCGUAAUACGAUUUCUGAUCCAUAAUUCAUAGCUGUAGCACUAACAGGGGGAAUAUUAGCUACCAAUAUUACCAAUAUUAGCAAAUAAGUCUUCAGUCACUCUCACUUUUCACUCUCUCUCUCUCUCUCUCUCUCUCUCUCUCUCUCUCUCUCUCUCUCUCUCUCUCUCUCUCUUUCUCUCUCUUUCUCUCUCUCUCUCUCUCUGUCUGUCUCUCUAACCUAAGUGCUAUAGGCUAUGAGCCGUUUUUCUCCCCAAACAGCUGGUCUGUCAUUUCGAGAUCGAAUUAAGCAAUACUUAAGUGCAAAGCCUAUGCACGUGUGCGCACAUCAGUCAUGAAGGCAGGAGCUCCAGAAAACGAGUUAUGCAAGGCAAUGACAAAGGAUAUGCACCGUUGUUUUUUUUGUUUGUUUUUGUUUUUUUUUGUGAUGUCUUCACAAAAAAAAAGUACACUUAUUAAUAAGAAUCGGUGAAUUGCACAUCUAGUAUAUAAGCAUGCUCUUUCAAUGUCCAUAGUAAUGAAUCGGAUCCAGAAUGCAUUUCACUGCAUUUUGUAUAAUUCAUCAAGAGAUCAGAAACGCUAUAUAAUGAAAAAUAAAUAAGGUAAAGAAUGAACAAUAACAGUACAUAGGCGAAGAUGUUCGGUUAUAUGGCAUGAAUCCACUCGGGAACUCAGUGAGUUAUUGUAGGUUUAAUUAAAGCUUCUUACACAACUUCACAACUUACUGUAAUCACCACUCACCAAAAAAAAAAAAAAAGUAGAAAAAAAAAAUCCCCAGUAAGUAUCUUCUGUACACUAAAGUGAUUCUCUACAGCAUGGUAGUUCUAGUACGAUGGAGUGCAUCAGGGUCUACAGAGUGACAGGAAAAGGUCAGGCAUGCGUAAUCGCUGUUGCCUUUGCACCACAUGAAGGUUAAGUGCCUUGCUCAGGGGCACAACCGCAUUCAAACAAAGCAGAACGGGGCGCGUCGCGUCUGGAUCGUUCUCACAGACACCAGCUCUUAAAACUUUGUAUGAUUUCGCUGCAAUCCGUUCACUACCCUGUAAACUCUUCACCCUGUCACACGCUUCACGGCGACGCGAAGACACCUGUACACCACCGACGAACGCAACGCUAGUUUAAACAAUUAUCUAACCUCUAGAAGAAUAGUAGUCAUAGUAUCUAAGUGUGUUUGUUAAAAAAAAAAAAAGGUAAAGGUAAAGCAUGAACUCAGUGAAAUCAUUUUCUGAACAAGUGAUAACAUGCAUCCCUUUUGUAAAAAAAACAAAACAAAAAACAAACAAACAAAAAGAAAAUGUGCUGUUUUGUUUAAUAUUUAGUGUACACCUAAAAAAAAAACAGGGCGGUGCAACGAGUUUUUUUCUCCACACAUAUUUGUAGUGUGUGUGCAGUAUGCGUGUGUAUUCCGUGUUUGGUACUUAUAUGUAUUUACUAUCAGCACCAUGAGUAUGCAUUAGAUGGGUGAGUGUGUGUGCGGGGUCUGUGUUUAUAUUAAGGCUACACUGGAUAAUCGAUGGAUGGUGAACGCUGCCAAUUGCAGGCAUUUCCUGAAGCAUUUCAUAAGGAAAGCAGCCCAAGUUUUAACAUCCCGCUGCCCGAUUCUCAGUCUCUCUCUUUCACACACACACACACACACACACACACACACACACACACACACACACACACACACACACACACACACACACACACACACA